AUGCAUACUUUAUCUCAGUUAUUUGUUUAUCCACUCACUGGUUCAAAUGUUGUUCCAGCAAAAAAAAUUACAAAAAUCCCUUAUAUUCCUCCUGAAAUUAUUCGUAUUAUUCUUGGUUUCUUAAGAAAUGAUAGAAAAACUCUCGCUGCUUGUGCUUUA